ACCCCUGCAUGAAAGGGAAGUGAACUGACACCGCCGGUGGAGGGCUGCCACUCAGUAAUACAGCUCAAGCUACGGCGUCUCGGUUUGGACAAAAAGUGUCGUUUCCAGUCCAUCAAUGACGAUGGGUGACACGAUUUUCGAAGAAUUAGAAGAUUUGAUGCAUUUUUCUGUUGGCGAUUUGCCCGCUCGUGGAUACGGAGUGAUGGAGGAGAUCCGACGACAAGGGAAACUGUGUGACGUUACCCUAAAAGUAGGAGAGCACAAAUUCAGUGCUCACAGAAUAGUCCUUGCUGCUUCUAUUCCAUACUUCCAUGCCAUGUUCACCAAUGACAUGGUGGAGUGCAAACAGGAUGAGAUCGUCAUGCAGGGCAUGGACCCCAGUGCACUUGAAGCCCUAAUAAACUUUGCCUACAAUGGACACAUAGCCAUAGACCAACAAAACGUCCAGGCCCUCCUGAUAGGGGCCGGUUUCCUGCAGCUUCAAAAUGUCAAAGAUGCCUGCUGCUCUUUUUUACAACAGAGGCUGCAUCCAAAGAAUUGCCUUGGUGUACGGCAGUUUGCAGAGACUAUGAUGUGCACCACGCUUUAUGAUGCAGCCAACAGCUUCGUUCACCAGCACUUUGUGGAGGUAUCCAUGUCUGAGGAGUUCCUGACCCUUCGGCCGGAGGAGGUGCUUGAGCUCGUGGGCUGCGAUGAGCUCAACGUCCAAGCAGAGGAGCAGGUGUUUGAAGCCAUACUUGCUUGGGUACGGCAUUCACGUGAAGAUCGGGAGUCCCGGUUACCAGAGUUAAUGUCUAAAACCCGUCUGCCUCUAUGUCGACCUCAGUUCCUUGCUGACCGAGUCCAACAAGACGAGCUUGUACGCUGCUGCCACAAAUGCAGGGACCUUGUUGAUGAGGCGAAAGAUUACCAUCUGAUGCCAGAGCGAAGGCCACAUCUGCCAGCCUAUAAGACACGACAGAGAUGUUGCACAUCCAUCGCUGGCUUAAUCUAUGCGGUUGGGGGUCUCAAUAGUGCUGGUGACUCAUUAAAUGUUGUGGAAGUAUUUGAUCCAAUUGGAAACUGUUGGGAGCGAUGCCAGCCUAUGAGCACAGCCCGCAGUCGAGUGGGUGUUGCUGUCGUGAACGGGCUGCUUUAUGCCAUUGGUGGUUAUGACGGCCAAUCACGGCUUAGAACUGUAGAAGUUUACAACCCGGAAACUGACGCAUGGACCAAAGUUGCUAGCAUGAAUACUCAACGCAGUGCAAUGGGAACAGUCGUAGUUGAUGGGCAUAUAUAUGUGUGUGGUGGAUAUGAUGGCAAAUCUUCACUGAAUUCUGUUGAGUGCUAUUCUCCAGAGACUGACAGAUGGACGAUAGUUACAGAAAUGAGCGCAAGCCGCAGUGCAGCUGGUGUUACUGUAUUUGAAGGCAGAAUAUAUGUCUCAGGUGGUCAUGAUGGUCUACAGAUCUUCAACACGGUGGAGUACUACAAUCAUCACACAGCAUUAUGGCAUCCUGUCGCUUCCAUGAUAAACAAGCGCUGUAGACACGGAGCCGCAGCCUUGGGCAGCAGUCUGUAUGUGGCAGGAGGUUAUGAUGGCUCUGCGUUCCUCAGUGGAGCAGAGGUGUACAGCUCUGUAGCAGAUCAGUGGAGCCACUUAGUGGCCAUGAACACUCGACGCAGCCGCAUUUCUCUGGUGGCCAAUUGUGGUCGACUCUAUGCAGUGGGAGGUUAUGAUGGACAGUCUAAUCUCAGCUCUUUGGAGAUGUAUGACCCAGAAACGAAUCGUUGGAUGUUUAUGGCACCGAUGGUUUGCCAUGAAGGCGGGGUAGGGGUGGGCUGUAUACCCUUACAGCCUGCUUAAAGCCACAGUCUCACUCAGCCCAUAAGGACAUUUUAAUUAUUUAAAAAGAAAACAACAACAACAGGUUUUUGUACUGUGUGGUCUUACAAAAUGCAUUCAUGACCCUUGGUUCACAUGUUUGUAUUAGAGGUACUAUUAUUCAGGCUAUUUUUUUUUAAAAGCCUAAAGCAGAUAUGCCAGUACACCUUUAAUGACCAAAUAUAGAAUUCAUGCAUACUUCGAAAACAUUUACAGGAAAUAGGGCACACUUCUGCUAAAAACCACACUUUUGCACUGUUAUCAGAUCAGUGGGUAUUGUGGGCCCAUUAAAGCAUCAGUUGUUGGGGAAUAUCAUCAUAUGAUAAUAUACAUUUGUAAUUUGUUGUUCCUCUAAACUGGAAGCCAAUUGAGAUUUCUAGACAGGUGAAAGUUAACCACUGUUAACCCAUGCCAUAAUUGGGAGAGUCUAAUCAAGAAGGUUUCUUACUUCGAAGUACUAAUCGUAUUUUAUUUGGGAUAUUAGUAGAAAUUUAAUGUGAGCAACUGACCUCUUAUGUGUCUGUGCAAAACCAUCUGCUAGAUGUGCCAUGAAUUUACACUUUACAUGGGACUGUGUUUUGAUUUCACCACUUUUUAUUGACUCAUUCUCUAAAAUUUGAAAGAAAACAUCAAUCUUUUUCAAUUUGGGGAUGACCAAUCACCAGCUCUGUGUCCUGGAUAGAUGGGCUGUAGUGCACCCAUCCAGUCCCAUGUCUUGCUUUUCCUUUUUAAUUUGUCCUGUGUGUUUUUGAGAACCAGCACACACACCCGGGAGAGUGAAACUGACGCAGGACUCUUGUCAGAUCCGCGCUUUCACACGAAGAUUUAAAUGGAACGUUCCCUCAUGUUUUGUGCAACAAAUAUCCAAAUUAUGUUUUCUGACUAUAUAGACGUAUACAUUUUCAACUUGAUGCUUUUAAUUUCAAAUAACAAGUCUGAAAUUAGAAUUUACUGACUGUGAAUUUUUAACACGGUUUCUCAUUUUCUUUUUAUAUUACCAGUACUGCAUUUCUCUGCUGAUUAUAUCUGAUGAUUUAUUUUGUAUUAACUUCCAAUUGUGAUGCAGUAUUUCUACUUUUAAUUUAUUAUUAGCUGUAAUUUGUUCUCUUUUUAUAGCAUUACACGUGUUAGUUUGUCACAUAAAUGAGAAUCAAGUUUACGUUUUACAGAAAUCUAAUAUAUAUAUAUAUAUAUAUAUAUAUAUGGAUCACAUCUCUGUGUGUGUUUGUAUAUAUUCCUCGGCUACCUCCGUUCGAGAUGGGAGAGCUCAACAGGGAUAAAUAUCCAGUCUGCCGCCCUGUACCCUUUUAAAACAUUUCCAUUAAGCCCAGAAGGAACAGCAUUAACUGAGAUCUUUUGUGUGGGACUAAAAUAUUCUUUUUCACGUAAUUCCUAAAUGUCUUAAAUAAACAUUGAUUUUAAGGACACAA